AUGAACCGAGGUGCUUUGAAACAAAAAUUGAGGGACGUGGUGGAGGUAAAAACUGAUGCGGAAGGAGUGACCAAAUAUCGGUGUUUGGCCGACGUUGAUGCUGAGCGGCAGUGUAGCUACGAGCAGGUUAAUUUUGUUCCGGGGAACUUCAAGCGCCAUCUCAUCUCGUGCCAUAAAGAUGUCGCCCACCGGUUGGAUUUGAUAGUGGAAGGCAGUGGAGGCGAGCAAACAUGUAAAAAGUAUGGUUUUCCGGUAUCAACAAUCCAGUAUAGGAUAAGCGGCAAGUGGAAGAAUCAAAUCACCCGGGGACCACGAUCGGUACUGACGGAUUCAGAAGAGAAGAAAAUAAUUCAGUGGUUAACCAACAUGCAGGAAAGGGGGUUUCCGGUCUCACAAGCAACUUUAAAAUUCAAAGUGAACGAAUUCAUUGUGCAAGACUCUCGGAAAACACCUUUCAAGGAUGAUAAACCAGGGCGAAAAUGGUUCAAAUCGUUCAUGCGCAGAAAUCCUGGGUUUUCUUUGCGCACACCGGAAUCUAUAACAACUGCCAGUGCCCGUGUAAGUGAAGGUGACAUCCGAGGAUGGUUUACCAUAACAAAGGAUUGGAUAGAGAAGAACGAUGUCUCAGAGAUACUGCUAGAUGCUUCUAGAGUAUGGAACGGUGAUGAGACAUCGUUUUACCUCCACCCAAAAACGAGAGAAGGGAUCGCUCGAAAAGGAUCUAGAAACGUUUACGAAGUGGAGCAGGCUGCAGGAAAACAAAAUGUUACUGUAAUGUUCUCCUUUAGCGCGGCAGGUGCAGUUGUGACUCCGCAGGUAAUUUUACCUGGGCAGCGAGUACGCAAAGAGGUCGCUGAAGGAUUUCCUCCUGACUGCCUUAUUGGGCAAAACAAAAGGCACGUGGUGAAUGUCAGCGGGCAGCAGAGGCGUGGAGGGUUCAACGAGGUCCAGUUGCUCUGGAAGACUGGCGAAUACGAGAUCGAGUAG